GGAGUGCGGGCUGUAGACGAGCCGCUGGCGCCGGAGCUGGGCGCGGAGCCCGGGGCCCGGAGCCGCCGCCACCCGCCCAGCGCGCGCCCCGCCAUGGAGCCUUCGCACAAAGACGCCGAGACCGCGGCGGCGGCGGCGGCGGCGGCGGCGGCGGCGGACCCCCGCGCCGCGUCCUCCUCCAGCGGGGUGGUGGUGCAGGUCCGCGAGAAGAAGGGCCCCCUGCGCGCCGCCAUCCCCUACAUGCCCUUCCCGGUGGCCGUCAUCUGCCUCUUCCUCAACACCUUCGUGCCGGGAUUGGGGACGUUUGUCUCGGCCUUUGCCGUGCUGUGCGGAGCCCGUACCGACCUCCCGGACAGGCAUGUGUGCUGUGUCUUCUGGCUGAACAUCGCAGCGGCCCUCAUCCAGACCCUCACGGCCAUCGUCAUGGUGGGCUGGAUCAUGAGCAUCUUUUGGGGCAUGGACAUGGUCAUCCUUGCCAGCUACAAGGAGCAGGGCAUCCCACAGCAGCUGUGAGCACGAAGGAGCCACCGAGAAUUCCAGGGUGAUCCCAUGAGGGCUGCACCAGGCAGCAGUGGGCACCAGGACCUUUACAUAUUCUCUUCUGCCAUUUCCUGGGUUUGGAGUGGAAAGGGGGGAUUUAAAAAACAUUAUUUAUUUUGAAAACGCAUCUGCUUUUCUUGGCAGGCUGUGAGGCUGCCAGCCCCUCCCCCUGUUCCAGAAAGACACAGGCACCCCGUGUAUCUCAGGUGGGGUGGGGAGUGGGGGCCAGAUUACUGGCAGCGAGGCUGGAAUGCGUGGCUCGCCCCUGCCCUGCACAGCUCCCUGCCCACUGCCAGGGUGCACUGGGACUUCCAGGCCAGGCAGCAGGGGUCACCGAGGGUCAGGAUGUGGCCGAGCCUUCCUCUGGGUCCCAGCCCCUGUCUGAAUGUUUGCACUGUGGUCUCCCCGGGGGCCGAGCCAGGGCAGGAGUGAGGAUGCACACACUCCAGCCCAGUGCUUGCCCUCAGCCAUCCCAGGACUGCCUGGGGAUGGGUGCCCGAAAGUCUCUCCUGGCCCUGCACUCCCGUGGCAGCCAACCCUUCACCCACCCCCUUCUCGCCACUGAAAUCUCUGGGCCUGGGUGUGUUUUGACCUUUGUUUCCCUAGAAAGCUGCCAGUGACUCCAUCCAUGGGUGAAACUGCUAAAAUGGCCAGGUGUCCAUACACAGAAUCCCCAGCACAGGUGUGAGCAAGCACGGGUCAGCAGCCUUUCACGUUAUACUUAACACCACUCCUGGUCCACAGCCCUUCUCCUGAAAUCCUUGGGGCUGGAUGGGUCUCUGAAAUCAGAAAACUUGGAUUUGAGAAAGAAUAAGAGCCAUUUAUUGUGCAUUUCCUAACACCCCAGCAUUCUAAAGCAGCUCCCCACCAUCAAGCACGUGACUGUUCUUGCAAAGAAUCCUGUGAAAAGUCAGACGAUUUGGGUUCAAUAAAAACCAUACAUAGUCUCACCUUGCUUGGUUCAGGACCGAUUUUGGCAUAAGUUAUAGAAGAAAACUGAGCAGCCAAGAGCUUUUGGGGAUUUAGAAUUGGGAAAAAAAAAAAAAAAAAGAUUGUACGGGGUGGAUUUCUUGCUGCUCUCUUGCAGACGAGACCCUGGGACUCUGCUGGUGUUACACAGAGAUUCUUCCCGUUGGGAAGGGUCUGUUGGGGCCCCCAGGGCACCUGUACACCUGGUUGUUAGGGAGCCGGACCCCAGGGCGGGGGAAGGAGCUCACAGGAGGUGUUGGGGCCACUGGGGGUCGGGUACUGAUCUGAAAUGAAGAGACAGGUGAUCCAAAGUCACAGUGACAAGCUGAGCCUCUCCAUGUCUGUUUUCAUUUGCUUUCUGACGUGGUAAUUGCUGAACAGUAGGACUGGCCUGAAGCUGUCUGCACCCCCACUGGACUCCCCAGAGGGCUUCUAACUGUCGGAGACUCAGAGUGCCGCCAGGGCUGGAACAGGGACUGGUCUGGUCUUUUCCCUGUGGCUGGAUGGGCGUGCCUGGGGAGCCUGCGUGUGGGCAGGCCCCUGACCCCCCGAGAGCUGCUUUGGGGCACCUGAGUCUCCAUUCUCAACCCUUAGCCGGGGGCAGCUGCCCGCUUACCUCACCCACUGGGCUUUCUGAUUACAGUCCUGCCAGGGAAGCACCUCGGGCUUGCUGUGUUGCUGUGGAUUGGGCAGCUCUCUGCUUCCAUGGAAAACAAAUCCCCUGCAGCCAGUACCCCCCAGCCCCCAGCUCCGACUCAGAGGCGGGCUCUCUGUACCCCACCUGAUCCUGCCCCACCAUCCGCCUGCCCAGGCCCAGGCUCCACUUUCUGAGCACCUGGCUCUGUCUUUCUUCCUGCCUCCCUCUCUGGCUGACCCCAGCCAGGUUUCUGCUGUUUCUUUGUGUUUGGAAUCCUGUGCAUUUUCAAGGCGGGGGAUCAGAUUUGGUUUGAUCCAGAAAGCCAGAAGCUUUUGGUGUGUGAAGACGGCGCCGUCUGGGCCAAGAAGACAGCAGGUGGCUGCUGGCUGCUCCCCAGGAGGCUGCGUCAGACGAGGGAGCCUCUGUAGCCAGGUUAGAGGAGCUCUGGCUGAGGGACGUGACAGGUCCAGCCACCCUCUCACGGCCCCUCACCCCAAACCCUCGGAGGGUGGCAGAGUGGGGCCCCCGCUCUGGGAGCAUAGGAUCCUUCUUUCCUGCCUCAGGCUGGGGUGGCUGCUGAGAGGUAGAGAAGAAAGAACGAUUUAUGUUGCAUGUUUAGUGGCAAUCAGAUAUAGGUGCAGUUUUCUUGAGUGACAGGUGUCACCAAGAGCCCUGGCGUGGGAUGGCUAAUACAGGGGCUCGUGGGCCCCCAAGGCUACUUCAGCUCCUGCAGCUCCCCUCAGCUACCAGCUGCUUCCAAACUUGAGAGGAUGUCAGCCUCCAGAGGAAACCCUUCCCGGGUAGCUGAGGGGUGUGAGGAAUGGGGGGACCCCCAUCCUCUGCACACCCAGUCAGUGAGGAUUGCCAUGCGGGGGAGCAGCUCCAGAUAGCGACUCUCUACAUGAGCCUGUGGGCUUAGAGUCACCGUUUUAGAUGUGGGGCAGUGGCCAGUGUUUCACAAGAAGGACAAGCUGGCCACACAGGCUGUUGGAAGGCCAGAGUUCACUUAUUAAACACCAGCCAGCUGAAAAGUGGGAUUCUCAUGCCAGCAAGUGCUUGGUUGACACACAGCUUGUUGGUGACAGAACUGGGCUUGCCCUGGUGGCCCAGCAUGUGGGCAAUAGCCCAGAGGUCACAGGGCACACUUGAGGUGGGGGCCUUUCAUUGCUCAGACUGUUGUAGGGUACUCCCCAGCUAAGGUAUUUGGGGCAGGGAUCGCAGGCAUGCAGGGAACAUCACUCCCCGUGAGAUACACCCAGGACGUCAUGGUGGCACUGGGACCAGAGUGGUGGCUCUCUGGAGCAAGAAGGAGGCCUGGGUGGCCCGGGAGCAUCCUGUGCAUAGCAGAGACUGUUUGGCUCUGAGUCCGGCUGGGAAGCCCAGGGCCCCUGUGGGGGCAGCGGGAGGCAGAGGGCUCCGCGCCCCAGUCCCUGCACCCCUCCUGCCUGGCCCCGGAGCCAGUCCCUGGCUGCACAUGAGGGGAGGCUGGAAGGGACCUGAACCAAGAUGCCUUCCCUCUGCUGCCCCAGCACCGUGCGUCAGCCUAGAUAAUGUUGGGCCCUUGCCAGGCAGAGCGUGGCGCAUUUGACCUCUGAGGCCUCUUGCCCGAAGCCUGGCAGGGGUGCUGUCAGGAUGCUGAGUUCCCAGAUGUCAGGACCGAGGCGCCCAGAGAGCAAGGCCCGAGCCCAGACAUGCAGCUCAGGGCGGCACAGCUGACUCACGGCCGGCAUCGGAGCACUGCCGCAGAAGGGAAGGGGGUUGUGGGGCGCCGGGAGGCCUGGACGCCUGGACGCCUGGCCCCUGUGGAUGCAGCAGAUGACAGGGAAAGCUUCCUCGGCAAGGACUGGGAGCCUCCACAACGCGCCAUCCUGGGCCACCCUCCAACCCACACCCCGGAGUGGCGACCAGGGCUGGAGCUAGCAGAGGAGUUGCCUGGGGCCUGCCACGGAGGAUGGGGUCCCUCACGGCCACCGCCCAGGGGCUCCAGGCACUCUGACCCCCCACCCCCCUGAGCCAUGGCUGCGACUGCAGCCUCAUGCAGAUGCCACUAGGGCGGAGGAGCAGUGGGGAGGAUGCGCACAGAAGGGAGAGGAAACCACACAGUUGGAAUUUCCCCGGGGAAGGGGCCAGGGCCCCAGACCUCAGAAGAGCCAAAUGCCAAGCCCUGAGGCCUGCACCAGGUGGGGCCGAGUGCCCAGGCCCAGGAGAACGCCUUCCCAGGGCCUGAGACUCUCCAGGAGUAAGCAAGGGGUCCACUGAGGUGGUCCUUCUGUGCCAGUUCAGCUCUUGAAAAAAAAAUCUGCAGGGUGUUCUCCUGGGAACCCCCAACCCUGCUCAGAUGGGGUGAGUUUGCAAGGGUGGCUUUGGGGUUGGCUGGACAGGGGCUGCUGGGCCUGGGGCUGAGCCAGGGUGGGGCCUCCUGAGGCUUUUGUGCCCCUGGGUGUUUCUAUGCUGUGAGAGAUGCUGGCUGCCUCUGCAUCAUGUCAGCUGCUCAGGAAUGUAUCAUUUAAGAGUGCGUCCCCUCCCUGCUGGUGGCCUCCGGUUUACUGUAGUAUCCCGCCUUUUGCCAGUUGGCUUGAGGCUCUCGGCAGAGGCACUGGAGUUGGAAGAACACGAGUUGGAGGAGCACAUUUAGAGCACCCCCUGCUGCGCUGACCUUCCCUGGAGACCAUGACCUUGCAUGCAAGGGAGCAGGGGCGGGGCGCGGGUGGCAGGGGCUGCUGCUGACCAUCGGCUGCCAUAUGCUCCUGACCAAUCUGCCCGGGGCUUGAGCCUCGGUUCCUUCUUCUCAACAGUCUUGCUGAGCUGCCCGCAGGCAGUUCUUGCAAGUGGGGCUCCCUGUGCUGUAUCUGUGUGUCCAGCAAGCACUCAAUGGGUACGGAUGCGGCCUGGGGGGGCUCCUGGAGAGCAGUGUCCAGGCCACCUGCAUGGGGGGAACAUCAAGGUGAGCGGAGGCAGGGCAGCGAUCACCCCGUGGAGGCCGCUGUGUGAGGCCAGAAGGCCAGGAGGCCAUGCUGCAGGAAGGGAGGCAGGGUCAGCCUGAGGUUGGGGGUGGGGGGCGAUGGUCCAGGUUCCACUUUUAUCACUUGGUGGGCUCUGAGAGCUUCAGGAUGUCCACGGAUCAUAGAGGCAUGCCAGCCAUGUGGGACUCACGAAUCUGCCCUAAUCCCUGUGGCCAUGGUGAGGAGCCCCAAGCCACAAACACUGGGGCGACUUGUAUCCUCAGUGCUGUUUGGCUCUCUUCUUGUCUCAUGCCUCAGUUUGACCAUCUGUAGGUUAGGAACAAGGAGGGUCUGGGCAGCCAAUGCUAUUCCCGUUUCUGUCAGAGCAAAGGCCUUGGGAGACAAGCCCGGGGCCCGGCAGAGGCAGAGGCCCCCUCCUGCACAGGCCCCAUGGACACAGAACUGGCAGCUCUGGUGUCGGGACUCUUUCCAGUGAUCCAGACACAGGGGCGUGCCGUUCCACGCUUCCCUCCUGAUCCUGUCACGGCGGGAAGGCCGAUGGCAGGGCCAUCCUCAUAUGUGUCCCAAGUUUCCAGUGCAUGUUGUCUCUCUGGAUUUAGUCCUCAGUCCCUCUCACUGCCUGCCUGGAUUUGCCAAAAUGCCAGCCACCCCCCCGUCCAGGCCACUGUCACCCAGGUGGGCAGAAGCAGACAUAUGCACUCUCUCUUACACACAUGCACACGCACACAUGCAUGCUCACAGCCCCUUUGGCUGCUGGGUGAGGGCAGGACUCAGGAUUGGGACCUUAACCCCCACAGAGGGGCCCCUCACACUGCCCAGGAGCCAUUCCUCCAGUGUGGGCCCUGGCGGGCGGCACUUGCCCUCGUCACUCACCCAGGGCCCAGAUGCACACAGUUCCCUUUAUCCAAAGGACCUCUGGGCCAGGCACCCUUCUUCCCAGGGCCCAUGGCUCAGCAGUGCCAGCCACCAAUCCACCCAGCUUGGCCUUCUGUGGCAGGGAUAACAUGGGAUGUGGGUCUUCCCAGAGAGGAGGGGACCCUGAUCCCUUUCUGGGCUCUUCUGGGGCUGCAGACAGUCCACCCCACAACCCUCCACCCUGCCCUGGAUGGGAAGCAGUGAGGAGAGAAAGGGGCAGAGGUCAUGCCCCCUGCCCUCUGCUUUCUAGGUUAGCACCUGGCCUGGUGACCCAACCAGGGAGUGGGUGGCAGGGGCCUCAGUGGCCUGGGCACCCCGUGGGAACACUUGACUUGGCUGGCCCUUUGCACAGGCUAAAGUACAUGCUGUUGUACUUGGUGCCAAAAAUUUUAAAACAACAUACGUACAAAUAGCACUGGUUCAUGCCUAUUAGCUGCCUUUGUAUUUGGAUGAGUGCUGUGCUGUGCUUUGUGCUUUGUAGCUUUGAUACAGGAUCAACUUUGUUUUGGUCUCUCUUCCUCCUGUUAAAGGAAUCUCUGUCCAUUUCUGUUCUGUGGUGAGACCCACUCCUGACCUCCCAGGGCUUCCUCGUCUUACUUCUGCUCAGACCCCGGGGGCCUCCCCGCACCUCCAGCCUCUUUCCCUGGGAUCCCAGGCAGCCAAGGGAGUCUCCAGCCCAUCCUAGUGACUGGAGCCUUCCUUGGUUCCACAAGAGGAAGAAACCUUACUGCUGGGGACCUAGGGAAGCUUCCAGACUUGCAGCUGGGGGCCCAGGCCGGCCUGCAGCUUAGCCUUCCCGAUGCCCUCAGGACCAAGCCUGGGUCCCCACAUUCCCUCGAGGCGCCAAGCAGGGUCCGGACCUCCCCAGUGCCCUGCCUGUUUUGGAAGUCCCAGCUCGAGCACCAUUGCUAUACCUGGAAUGGGAAACACCGCGCAUGACAACAGACCCCUGUGUACAUAUCUCCAUGUACAUAUUUAUACAUUCUGAUUAUAAAUAUACAAAGCAUGGCAUCUCUUUGGCAUUCCAAGUUUUUUUUUUUGUUUGGUUUUUUUACUUUUGGAAAUAUGGCUUUAGAAACUUUCUUCCUUUUCCUCUUUUCUAUGUAAUAAACACUCAUGUGAC